UGUGACGUAAGCCCGAACAGAAGAGUGGAAAGGUAGCAAUGCAGCCUUACAGGCAGCGUUGAGGGACGGAAUGAUCCUUUUCAUACAAUGCUGCUGCUGGGGCUCUCUGCCAAACACGGAAUGCACUGUCAACACAGAAACAUGGCUGCCUCUUCAACGGGCAAGGCGAGUAACAGUGAUAACGCUAAUGCCGGCAGUCUAAACUGUAACGAAGAACCUCUGCCGCAGUCUCGGGAAAUGAUAAAACCCACCAUCGUGGAGCUGACCAAAGAAGUGAGGACGAACAUCCUAUGCACCGUGGAAGGAUGUGGCAAGAUUCUCCCCAACACACCUGCGUUGAACAUGCAUCUGGUUAAGUCGCACAGAAUAAAGGAUGGUAUUGUCAAUCCCACGGUCAGAAAGGACAUGAAGGGCUCUCAGAAGCUUUACUGCUGUCCUAUUGAGGGUUGUCCCAGAGGCCCUAACAGACCUUUCUCCCAGUUCUCCCUGGUUAAGCAACACUUCAUGAAGAUGCAUGCAGAAAAGAAACAUAAGUGCUCCAAGUGCAACAAUGGCUACAGUACAGAGUGGGACUUAAAGAGGCACAUAGAAGACUGUGGAAAGACCUACCACUGUACAUGUGGCUGCCCCUAUGCUAGCAGGGCUGCUCUACUCUCACAUAUCUACAGGACGGGUCAUGAAAUUCCAACAGAGCACAGAAUUCCCCCAGUAAAAAAGAGAAAGAUGGAAAAAUUGUUAAGUGGUUCUGAAAAGGUUAAGAUCAAUGAUUCAACCUUCCAGAUCAUCCCUGCUGCCACAGAGCAGACAGACACUUCUCUCCCUCCUGAUACAACCAUUACUAUCCCAGACUCCCGGAGGAGCCUGCAAAAGUUGCUUUUACCAAAACCCAAGAUGGCUUUGGUUAGUGUUCCUGUGAUGCAGGUGGCUCAUUUGCCUGUACUCCUUCCAUCUACAGAAAGUGGGGCUCUGAGGUCUGUAGUGCUUGCUGUAGAUAGCCAAGGUUCUGUUAGUGCCCUUCAGCUCCUUCCACAAGCCACAGGAGCAGUGGUACCCCAACUUGAUGCUAAAAGUUUGGGUUUCAAGGAUAGCAUGCCUACUUCCCGCUCUAGCCAGGGGCCUAUUAGCACAGGAGUGCAAGUCAAUCUGGAUCCAGUAGGUGCAGAGGAUUCAACCAUCAGCAUGGCAGCACAGCGAGGAAGGAGCACUUCCACCAACAUUCAGACAGACAAAUCGUACUUGUCAAAAAUGCCCACAGGAGUAGGGGUUGGGGAGGGACUAGGCUUGUGCUCUGUGGGCGAGUCCUCUGUGUCUUCUUGCUCCCAAACAGACAUCAGUGUCAGUGCCCAAGUCCUUUUGCCAGUCAGUGUUGAAACCCAAACAUUCUUCUCCCGAGCCAAAUCCACAUCGUCUAUUGGAGCUCAAACAGACAGCCAGUGCCUGAGCCAAAUUCCCUGCGCAUCCUCUUCUGUGCUUCCAUACAAAACCAGGCAGACACAGACAUACUUUGCCAUGCCACAAUCGGAGGAGAAGGCUCAGAACCAGGCUGUCAUGUGCUCAGACCUAUUUGGCAAUGACUCCCUCAGUGUGUCAACCCAAACAACUUUGGACAUAGAUGACACCCUUUGUGCUGCAGGAAGCACUAUAUAUGAGGACUCAAAAUCAGAAGGUGGUAUGUGUUUUGGGGUGCAGACGCAUGAGCUGAGUGCAAACAACAUGGCAGACAACCAGACCCAAACAAUGACCUUGUUAAAUGACCUGGAAAACAUCCUGUCUGACAGUAUGUCAGGCCAUCAGGUGCUCACAGAGGCUUCUGCAGGCUGUGGGUCAAGUCUCAGCUCUGUUCAAGAGCAACAUAACGGCAUCGACUUUGAUUUUGAAGAAUUCCUCAAUGCUGUGCACAUCCAGACACAGACCGAGGAGAGUGAGCUGGGAGGACUGGGUGGUGACACGCCAAUGGAGUCUCUAGACAUUCAGACACAGACAGACUUCCUACUGAUGGAUGAUCUGGACCAAAGUGAGGGACCAAGCCGAACCCAAGCCAGCGACUUGGAGCUAUUUGAUACUCAAACUCAGACUGACCUCAAUUUUCUGCUGAAUGCUGGAAGCCACAUGCCCCUGAGCAGCAUCUUGCGACAUUCAAGCUUUUCUAUGAGCACAGAGUCAUCAGACACAGAAACACAAACAGAUCUCCCUUCAUUUGCCACGAGUCUCUCUGCUCAGACUCCUGUCACUCAAGGAGAGAAUGCAAGACUGCUGAACAGCACAGAGACACAGACUGUGACCAGCCAAGCAGAAGGCCUAGGAAACCUGUUCCUGACCAGCAACGAAACCCAAACUGUCAUGGAUGACUUCCUGUCAGCGGACUUGGCGUGGAACAUGGAGUCCCAUUUCAGCUCUGUGGAAACCCAGACAUGUGAAGAACUUUGUGCUCUGUUUCAGCAUUCUGAGAAACCCAACAGCUGAAGCUUCCCAUGCCUUUGCAAUAAAGGUUUCUGAUAUCUGCCUCUUCCUAUAAGAGGAAAUGGUUUAUGCUGUCCUCUGGCAAAUCAAACCAUAGUCUUAGCAGCAAGAAGUCUGCAGAUAUGUUUUCAACCAUUCCACUGGGGGCAUAAUGUCCAGAGCCCUUCCUGGUGUCUAUCCUGACAGCAUUGCUGCACUUUAUUAGCUCAGUGGGCAUGACCCAUGAGCUCCCGUGACAGUUUACAUAUUUAUUUGCACAUAAGGUAACAUUGUACGUGUCUUGUCUAAAAUGCAAGCUUACUUGUAUAUUUCAGUGCGUAGCCAAUGUGACUGGUCACUGUUUGGUCUUAAGAAGUUGUAAAAACAUUUAACAUUACAUAAAGUUUAUCUCUGCACUUAAAAGGGAUGACAUACAUACCUAUAUAUGGCUGUCAUGAAAGGCUUGUAAAAUUGCUACCUUGUAUGACAGCUUUCAAAUAUAGCUGUACUGCUGUAAAACAAUCUCAUCUCAGCUGUACAGUAUACAAUAUUGUACGUUUAGUUUACAUACGUAUGCAAUGCGCAUGAAGCCUUUAAGCAGCACAACAUAAAAUAUUGAUUCUGCACAUGUGCAUCUGAAUGCUGCAUCUUCAAUGUUACCUUGUCAGUGGCAACAAGACUGUAAACUCUGACAUUGCAGGCAGCUGAAAACAUGACAAGUGAGAUUUUUUUUUCAAAGUAAAGGCUUUGCAUUGCUCAAAGCAGAAGAUGUGUUGUUGAAAUAUAACCUGGCACAAAGUAAAAAACAAUGUUUGUCCCGUGUUGCGCACCUUGCAUUAAAAUGUGGUUGUGAAGUCUGA